AUAGCCUUCAGGAUCAUGAAGAAGCCCAAGCAUAAGAGUAUAUUGAAUACACUUUUAUGCUGUUUUCGGCCCAACUAUAACCACAACAACUCAUUACACUCAGAGGAAAACGGACAGUACUUUCCUAAGUCACAGGGAAAGUAUUUGUUGCCUAACAUUAAAAGUCAAGACUCGCAUAAAAUAUGUUUAGUUAUCGAUUUGGACGAGACGUUAGUCCACUCCUCAUUCAAACCCAUAAGUAAUGCUGAUUUCAUAGUUCCUGUUGAGAUCGACGGCACUAUACAUCAGGUGUAUGUACUAAAGAGGCCGUACGUCGACGAGUUCUUACAGCGAAUGGGAGAGCUCUACGAAUGUGUCUUAUUUACGGCCAGUUUAGCUAAAUACGCCGAUCCGGUCGCCGAUCUCUUAGACAAGUGGGGAGUAUUCAGGAGUCGACUCUUCCGGGAGUCGUGUGUUUUUUAUAGAGGAAAUUAUGUUAAGGAUUUGGGUCGACUCGGAAGGGAUUUAAAUAAAGUGGUUAUUGUCGACAACUCUCCCGCCUCUUAUAUCUUCCACCCGGACAAUGCCGUGCCGGUGGCCUCGUGGUUUGAUGACAUGACGGACACCGAGUUAAGUGAUUUGAUACCGUUCUUCGACCGGUUAAGCAAAGUGGAGAACGUGUACUCAGUGUUACGCAACGCCAACCAGAGCCUCAACACCAGCGCCGCCUCCAUUCAGCAGCAAAUGCUGGCCAACAGAGCGUCCAUUAAUUUAGUGAACAACUUGUCGUCGUCGCCGACCACCACCUCCUCCUCUUCGCUGCUGCAGCCCAUACAUCAGCUCCAGAACGGCUCGACGCCCACCUCUUAGUACUCACCGGUGUUGUUGUUGUGCUCUUUGGUGUGCCCAACGAAAUGAGCACUCAUUUCAAUAAUACUGUAAUAAUUAAUAAUAAUAUACUCUUAAGAUAUGGUGAGAGGAGUGUGUUUUUGCUGAACAGUUAUCCCUCUCAUCACUCGUUUCCUCGCCGUUGUGUUUGUAUGAAUUGUUUCGGAAUUUUUUGGCAGUUUUUGCGGAAAAUAUUUGUUUUUUGUUUGUUUUUUCUCUCUCUGUGCGGAACAUAAGUACAACUCAAUUAUCGACUCUUUUUAUUGUACAUCACAUUUGCCUUUUGAUUAUAUAUAUGCCGUCCAUUAUCUAUACGCGUCUAUAAGAAAACAACAGUUGUUUUUAUUGGAGUUUUUAAUAAAUCGAUUAAUAAUUUGCAGCUAAUAAUUGGCUAAUGAAUUGGAUGUGAUUUUGUUUUUAAGUUUUGUUAUAACGAACUCUUGUUAAUGAUUUGCCAUAAACGGAUGGCCCCAUCAUUUCUACCACAAAACACUCACCCAUUGAUUGAUUGCUCUAAUGGUCUGCAGAGUGAUUGCCAUUUCAUGUAUUGAUACCUCGAUUUCGUACAGCAAUCUGAACGCAAACAUUGCGAAUAUAAUGCAAUCAUUUCAAAGCUCUUCCUAUUAUUGGUUACACUUUUAAUAUUGAAAAUUAAAGACACAAAACGACAUCAAAAGACAUUUAGAUUUGAGCCAAAA